CCAGUAUUAUUACCAUAGCGGUGAGGUUUGUUUCGGUUGGAAGUUGGACGAAUAGAGAGAAUAACUAUUGUUUAAUCAUGUGCUUUGUAAUGUUUUGUAAGUUAGAUUAUUAGUUAGUAACUUAUUAGCACAAAAUAUACUUUCGUGUACUAAGUGUGUUGUUUCGAAAAGUUCCUAAUUGUGUCCAAACCCAAGAGCCUCUGUCAACACCUUCCCGCCGCCACCCCAUUGCCUCCACAAUGCCUCGCCGCGGACCUGCACCGAAAAAGGCGGGCCCCAAACGGGGCGGACCAGCCCCCAAAAAUACCAGAACCAAAUCGCCAGUGUCCCCUCGUGUACCACCUCCUCCCCCGCCCCCACCACCACCGCCGGCACAAUCUCACCAGCAGCCCGUCUCCCAGCGGGACGUAUUCGACGAGAUGAUGGGCUCGGAGAUCAGCAGUGACAACUCUAGUCAGGAAGCCCCGCCCCGGGUUGCACUCCCUUCCAAACGCAAGUCACCUCGCUUCCAGGACGGCGCCGGCGCCGGAGGCGUCGCCAGCGACGACAGCUCCCCGUCGGAAGCAAACCCCGACAGAUCCCGCCAGCAGCAGCCGCCGCACCGCCGCAAGGCCCCCGCCCCCAAAAAGAGCCAAACGGCGGCCCUCAAGGAGAUCGCCAAGCUGCAGCGCACCACGAACCCCGUCAUCCCGAAGUUGCCCUUCGCGCGGCUCAUCCGGGAGAUCCUGAUGGAGUACAGCCACCGGGAGCUGCGCAUCACGCCGGAGAGCUUGCAGUGUCUGCAGGAGUCGGCGGAGGUGUUUGCGGUGCAGCUGAUGGAGGACGCGUACCGGUGCACGCUGCACCGCGACCGGCUCACGCUGAUGCCCAAGGACAUGAAGCUGGCGGUGAUGCUGCGCAAGGAUAGUGUGAUGGUGUGAGGUUGGAGGGAGGUGGUCGGGCUUGCCCACCCUUGGGUGAAGAGUGUUUUAUUAUUUUAUGAAGAAGACUGGUUUUUUUCCUUUAAGUUACGCAUUAAUACAUGAUCUUGCAAUUGU